AUGGCGGUUGAGAAGCCCGCUGAGCACGCCAAUAUCGAGGCCCUCACCCGGGCCGACUCAGCUGAUGCGCCGGUCGAUUCUAGGGCUAAAUCAGCCCUCGCGAGCGACAAUAUCUUCGAGCAUGAGCAGACUGUCUUGCAGGUUCUUCGGGGUCAUCCAGUCCUUAUUUGGUGGGCGUUUUUUUUCAGCGUCAGUGCGAUCGGAUGGGGGUUUGACGCUCAGGUCAACGGGGCAGUGCUCUCCAUUCCUUCUUUCCGGCGUGAUUUUGGCGAGCACUUUGAAGGAGACUUCGUAGUUCCUGCCCCAUGGUUGAGCGCCUUUAAUUCGAUCUCAUCUGUCGGACAGUUCUUUGGCGGUUUUCUCUGCAGCGCCGUUGCCGACCGAGUCGGCCGAAGGCUGGCUUUGGCGGUUGGAGUGAUGAUCUCUUGCGGAGGCAUCUUUGGGGAAUUAUUCUCAACCGCUAGGGUUGCAUUUCUUAUUAGCAAGCUGAUUCUAGGAGUUGGCCUGGGCUUCUACCUAACCAUCGGGCCGCUGUACUCUUCCGAGGUCUCGCCAGUCGUUCUGCGAGGUAUUACAACUGCAGGGGUGAAUCUGGGCAUCGUGAUCGGCCAGUUACUCUCCAACGCGGCCAUCAAGGGCUUUGGCGAGCGAGGCGACCGGUGGGCGUACAGGGGCCCGUUCGCCAUCCAAUUCUUCUUCGUGGUGUUCUUGGGCCUAGGGCUUCCAUUUUCCGUCGAAUCCCCGUGGUACCUCGUCCGUCAUAACAGGAUCGAUGACGCGAGAAAUGCCCUGCAGCGACUCUACGGCGCCGGCACAAACGUCGACACGAAACUCGUGGCUAUACGAAUGACAGUGGCCCAGGACCUCGCAGCGAGAGAAUCCAAAUGGUCGUAUGCUAUCCGUGGCCCGAAUCUCCUUCGGACAACCAUAUCCUGCGGCGUCUUUGUUUGCCAGCACUUGGUCGGCAUCAUUUUCGUGCUCGGCUUCUCUGCAUAUUUCUUCCAGCUAGCAGGUCUGCCUACUGAGCGGUCCUUUGACCUUGGAGUCGGCGUCACUGCCUGCGGUGUUGUGGGCACCAUAAUCUCGUGGUUAAUCGUCAAUCGCCUGGGUCGCCGCCUCAUCUUCAACUCUGGGAUGGCCAUCCUCAGCACGAUCAAUCUCCUCAUUGGGAUUCUUGACGUCGUUCCGACGAGCGGGGCUAGUUGGACACAGGCUGCGCUCACAGUCGUCUGGGCCUUCUUCUACCAAGUCAGCAUUGGCGCCGUUGCCUUUGUCCUUCUCGGCGAAACCUCGUCCCCGUCGCUGCGAGCUAAGACGACCGCCAUGGCCACGGCGACCCAGGCCGUAUUUGGGAUCGUCAUGAACAUCGUUAUUCCCUACAUGGUGAAUCCCGAUGAAGGCAACAUGCAGGGCAAAGUCGGGUUUGUCUUUGGAGGGCUGGGCGUGGUUGCGACGGUGCUCUGUUACUUGUAUAUUCCGGAUCUGAAGGAUCGGACCUUCGAGGAAAUCGACCUCAUGUUUGAGACCCGCGUGGCGCCACGAAAUAUGGGGAGAUAUGUGAUUGAGCGCUAG